CUGGGAUGCCAGUAAAGCUGUACGCGACGAUCACUGUGUUGAUCGAAGAUGGUGGACGUUGCUAAUUCUCCUGCUGACCGGAAGAUGCACGUGUGCCAGGAGGAUCCCAUCAUCAUGGUGCAGAAGAGCUUCAAGCGCUACAUCGAGGCGGCGCUGAUGCACCUCACUGACCUGCAAAGGCGUUGGGGCGAAGGCGGACCUGUGGCCGGCCGUUCAGAGGUAGAAGAGCUCACGAGCCUUUGCAAAGAGUGCGGUUUGGCCUCAGCCAAGGCGGUGGUUGCCUGCGAGCGGGUUCUGAAGAGCCGCUAUCGGGGUCAGGCCGUGCCGGUGGCCCAUCGGCCCAAAGAAGUGGCACAAAGAGAACGACGCGGUCGCGAAGCGGAGCUCCACCGCUCCAGCGCAGCGUUGCAGCGGCUCCGGGGUGAAGGAGCAGCCAGGCGAAUCUCGGCCCCGUUGCCUUUGCCGGCACCGGAUCCUAGGGAGCAGGCGGCCCUGCGGCUCCAGCGUGCGGCGCGCGGCUGGGUGCGUGCGCGGCGCGGGCGGAGCCAAGUAGCCAAGGAGCGGCAGAAAGCAGAGGCUUCCCAGGCUUUGGGGCUCCUCUUGGAGAGCUGGGCGACAAGUCCCACGCGACCCAGCCGCCGCGCCGAGCUGGGCCACGGCCUGCGGUGUUGGAGGCUUGGCAGCCAGACGGUGCACCGUGCCGCGCUGCUGCUCACGCGAACGGCUCGAGGCUGGCUGAUGAGGCGCUGCGCGUUGCGUGCCGCCCACUUGGCCAAAGCGCUGCAGCAACUUCGCCGAGGGCGGGAGGAUAGGCUUUUGAUGGGCCUCUUUGCCGCCUGGCACCAGAGGCUUCGCAGGCGGCGCUUCUGGUGGAACGAGGCGCACGGCCGCCGCCAGAGGGGGUCACAGGCCACCGUUCCACAUCGGGCGGCGGCCUGUUGGGGAGUCUUCCCUGAGCUGGGGAAGAGCGCAGUGGCGCAGGCGCGAGGGCGGCGAGCGGGCCUUUGUCGUCGUUUGCUAUCGUCGUCACAUCAAUGGGGUCAAGGAGCGCGUGGAGUGGUUCUUUCGUCUUCCAUGGUGGAGGUCGCCAGAAUUCGGGUGUUCCUCGUUACGUAGAGCUGGGAAGAUGGGACUGUCCUUACCUCACAGGUGGUUUUGGGGCGCCCCAUUGCCGGUUCGGAUCGGGGCCGGUUGAGAAACUUGCUUCUACCAGGAGUCACAAAGAGGUUAUGUUUGGUCACUAUGUGAGUGGAUGUUCAGGGAACCCCUAUCCUCCAAGCAUGGCAACCCUUUGGAACUACUGGUAUAGAAGUCCAGUGUGACUUUUGGAGGGACCAGCAAAGUAUAGAAGAAGUUCCUAGAUUCGAGUCACCUAUAGUCAGAACAUGUUUCUUUUAAAUAGUCCUUGGAGUCUUGGACUUAUGAUUACUGUAGAUGGUUUGUCGGACAAAACCCCAGCCCAAGCCUGUCGGACCCCUCUGGUAUGGAAAGGUGAGCCUGUUUGUCUUUACGUGUUUCAUCAGUUUCGAUUGCCCUAAACACAUGUUGUGUUCUCUUUGUUGCAUGCGCAUCCUCUUUUUGUGGUUUGUUUUCUGGAGGUUAGACCGUUUUGAGCAUACGGUCUUAUUGUGCAGAUUGAAUGCUGAAGCCGGAACAAACACAAAUUGAUCAAGACUGCGUGGGAGCUGGUAUUCGCAAUUGGUUUAUCGGACAUCUACGUGCACGUGAUGCAAGCACUGUACACACAGCGAGAUCCUUCAUAGAACAUGCCCGCCAACUUUGCUGCCUCUUUGAAUGAGUGGCCGAGGUCAAGAUUCCAGAAUUGCACUUUUACUGGAAAGUGGGACAUAUAUUAACACGAGUUCAAGUGUUGAGUCCAUGGAGAUCAGAGUAUCUCAAAAAAAAAGACGAUCAUACGCAUAUGACAGGCAGGUCUGCUUUGCUGAGCAGAGGGACAUACGAAAGUCUGUGGAGUUCUCUCAGACUCCGAAAACCAAUAGGGAGGAGAUUGGUCAAAUGCUUAUCCAACCAUCCUACUUCUUUCUGCCGAACUCCGUGAGGACUAGCUUCAUCCUGGAGAUUGAUGUCAACACUAGCGGGGAAAUCCUUUGCCAUCGCAAUCAUCCAGCGACCACUGAAGAGCCCUCAGCAAAGCCAAAUCUGGCACGAAACUGAGCCGCUGCUGAGAACAUGCUGCGCAGACCUGCUACAGUCUUAGGAGAUCGUCGAAGCCAGCCUCGUGGACACCGCAAGCUACAUUCUUUGCAAGUCGGCAUGCAGCUGGUAAUAAUAGGCCUCGAUCCACAACCUUUGUCGGCUGAGGUUUGUGACUUUCAGCAAACCUGUGCCAGGACAACUGUUCAUGGGGGGCCGCAUGAUCUUCGACUGGCGCGUUGCGAUUGCGUCAGUGGAAGGCGCUGCGCUUGGCACUGUGAAUCAAAUGAUGGUGCAAUUUGCGGCUUUAGCAGUCUUUAGCAGUCUUUCUGACAACCGCGCAUUUGGUCGCAUCUGGUACCUUUGACACCCUCGCCUCACUAGUCAUGCUUCUGAUUGGCGUGCACAACCCACGCUUUCUUGCUGCACAAAUAUUUGUUAUAGUAAUAUCUCUCGCAAAGUACACACAGGUAGAUCGCCUGCAGCAUACAGGUGGAUCGCCUGCAGCAUCUGCAGGUCAGUUAAGACAUAGAGCAAAUUGUACCAAACUCCGACCAAGACAGGAUUUCUGCGAUUACCUCCAUGCCACACCACGAGCAACGGCCUUCUGACGGACGUGUUGCGUUCAGUCGAGGUCGCUUACAACCCAGACAUGGCAACCGGAUCCUGCUGAAGCUGUCGAGUGCAUUGGGCGCCUGUGGUCAGCAUUGCGCCAACAUAUAUUUGCCCGAUUGGCUUGCAGACAGUCAUCAGUCCAGUCUAGCUGAAGGAAAAAGUCAUGAUCAUUUGAAACAUGAGUUUGCCAGCAGAGGUUGAAGAACCCUAUAGACUAUCCUAUAGGUACUCCUGUAGGGUCCUAGUUCAGGUCACUUAACCUCUGUAGGUGUGCGGUCCUCAUCCCAACUUCCGGGCUCAGCGCCGGGAGAGUGUCCCAACACAUGCUUCGGUCCGUGAGCUCGCGUGUGAACAUCCCGGAUCUAGCUUCCAGCUUCCUCACGCUGACAAGAGUUCCAUCAUAUGUAUAGCUCUCCCACUAGGGCCUGCUUUCCAUUUUCAUGCAGUCCACAUUGCAAAACAUCCCGGGAGUUUGAUAGCUUGCAGACCGUUCCAACUGUGCAAGGAAAGAGUCUUGAAGGCCACCUCUGUUGCAGCUCUCGCCUUGAGGAGUCGCCAGUGUCACGCGGGCGACAUUCCUCGAGCGUCGCAGCGUCCCGUUCGGAGCAGCAGAAUUCUAUGGCUUUCGACACAGCGGUAUGGCGCGCGCGAAGCAGUGGCCGGUUCGAGGGCGCACACCCGGACAACCUCGUGGCCUACGGAGACUGAACCGAAGCACCAGGCGUUUGCUUUGGCGGUGCUUGUAUGAAUUCGACGGCAUGCUGGAGCGAGCCAUGCUUGGGGCGAGCCUUCAUGUCCUGACACCGAUCAUUGGUCUAUUCGUUUGGAACUUGGGGCUUUGUGGAUGAAACGAUUCACCUAGUUCACUGAAGAUGACUCCUAGAUUCUAUACAGAUCUUUUCUGAAUAGCAAGCAAUGUGACCAUCCCAUCAAGGAACUUCUGAACCUGGUUCAGGAUGACCCCCUCGAUCUUCUCUUAAAGACAAUCCCAGACCAUCCAUAGGACGGAAUAGUUGC